GUGAAGUUUGCAAGAGUGUAGAAGUGUGUCUGCGUGAUUUGUUUUCGUACACGCGCCGACUGUCGACACUUUCUCAUACAAGUCUGAUAUGAAAAGCAUCUUUCAUGUACGUCUUCGCCCCUUUUAAACUUCUCCCCACUGUUGUAAUUCAAAUGUGAAUUGCGUUGUGAGUAUCAGUCUUUGCAGGGAUGAUAGCGGACAGGAGCAGUUAUUAGGUAAGCAGGGUGUCGACAGGUAACCAAAGAAAACGGGGCUAACACCGUUUACAGCCGCCUUUGGUUGAAGGUCCGUCUUCGGCCACUUUUCUUCUACUUUCGUCUAGCUUCUAUUUCCUUCGUCACCGGCCUGAAGUUCGGUGUUUACCUCGACARMAGAAAUCAUGACGGAGGAGAAAAACAUUUCCAACGAGCUGUUCGAAAGUGUGCGGGAGGCGGUGGGCCGAAGGGUGAAACUUGCCCUGAGGCGUAAAGUCCAGCUGGAGGUCAAAGGUGACAAGGUGGAGAACAGAGUUCUGGCGUUGGCGUCACAUCGAGCCUAUCUGCUGACGGCACGGGUCCCUUCCAAGGUUGAGCAGUCUUUCAACUACUUGGAUAUUCAGGGAAUCAGCAGCAACAAGCCCACUCAGUUGGUUUUGGAGCAUGAACGCGGGCCUUGGAGCUUCCGGUUGGACUCGGUGGAGGAGGUGGAUGAGGUGAUUGCUCAGAUCGGCUACUGUCUUCACCGGAUCUGUCCUGCCAGCUCACCUGUGAAGAUGAUGAGGAAGUUGAAUUUGAAACCUCCAGAGAGGUUAACAGCCCUGCAGGCCGUCUGGAACGAACAGUGUUCAGCUGACUUAGGACCCUGUGGUGGCUUUUCUCAUCAGUACUGGUGUGUGUGUGACAGCUUGGGUCUGCCAUACAGAGAGGAGGUCCAGUGGGAUGUUGACACAAUCUAUUUAAGUCAGGACACUAGAGAGCUGAAUCUGCAGGACUUUGUUCAUCUGGAGAACAGGGAUCUUGUGGCAAUCAUCGCAGUUCUGGAAUACAACCAGUGGUUCACCAAGCUAUCAACCAAAGACUACAAACUGCCUACAGAUGUGUGUGACCAGAUCCUCAGAGUUGUUGCCCGAUCCAGUCGACUAGAAGAAUUGGUUCUGGACAAUGCUGGACUGAAAAGUGAUUUUGCUCAGAAACUUGCAGGUGCUCUGUCACAUAACCCGUCCUGCACGCUGCACACACUCAAUCUGAGCAACAACUCCCUAGAGGACAAAGGUGUCUAUGCUCUGAGCUCUCAGCUAGCCAAACUGCCCAUGGGCCUAAAGAACUUGAAUCUCUCAAAGACCUCCAUGWCUCCCAAAGGUGUAAACAGCCUCUGUCAGGCACUGUGCGCCAACCCCAUCAUCGCCUCCACCCUCACACACCUCGACCUGUCGGGGAACUCCCUGAGAGGAGAUGACCUUCAGAAUUUGCACAAUUUCCUGAGUCACCCAAACUGUCUUGAAACUCUGGAUCUGUCAAACAGUGAUUGUUCCCUGGAGCUGGUGUGUGCAUCUCUGUGCAGAGGAUCUUUGAAGCAUCUUGCCAUYCUCAACAUGUCAAGAACAGUCUUCUCUCACAGGAAGUGCAAAGAAAUCCCUUCAUCCUUCAAGCAGUUUUUCAGCAGUGCUCAGGCUCUGACGUCUGUUAGUCUAUCAGGAACCAAGCUGCCGCUGGAGGCUCUGAAAUCGUUGUUGUUGGGCCUUGGUUGUAAUCCAAACCUCAGUGAUGUUUCUCUGGAUCUCAGCAGCUGUGAUCUUCGUUCGGGAGGCUCACAGAUUUUAGAGGGCUGCAUCGCUGAGAUCCCAAACAUUUCCAGUCUGGAUAUUUCAGACAACAGUUUGGACAUGGAUCUCACCACCCUUCUUGUGUGGCUGGCCAAAAACCGCUCCAUCAGGCACCUGUCGUUGGGCAAAAACUUUAAUAAUAUCAAAUCAAAAAAUGUUGCUCAAGUAUUGGAUAACCUGGUUCAUAUGAUUCAAGAAGAAGAAUCACCUUUGACUUCCCUGUCCCUCGCUGAUUCCAAGCUGAAAGCCGACCUCUCCAUCGUCCUUAACGCUCUGGGCAGCAACACUUCUCUGAUCAAGCUGGACAUCAGUGGAAACUCCAUGGGAGACAUGGGGGCCAAAAUACUAGCCAAAGCCCUCCAAAUCAACACAAAGCUCAGGACCUUAAUAUGGGACAGAAAUAAUGUCAGCCCCCAGGGUUUACAGGAUGUAGCUGCUGCCUUGGAAAAAAACUACACAAUUCGAUUCAUGCCUGUUCCCAUCAUGGAUGCUGCUCAGGCACUGAAAGCCAACCCAGAUAAGACGGAGGAGGCUUUACUAAAGAUGGAGCAGUACCUGCUGAGAAACCACGAGACGCGUAAAUACCUCCAGGAGCAGGCAUACAGGCUGCAGCAGGGAAUAGUCACCACCACCACACAGCAGAUGAUGGACAUGAUGUGUGUGAGAGUCCAGGAUCACCUCAACUCUCUGAAGUUCUCAGAGGCCAAUUCUGUUCAAGAUGACAUGAAGCUGGCAGAGAACCUCAUGAAGGAUGCAAAGAACUCCAAAACUCUGCUCCCCAACUUGUACCACUUAAAGAGUGGAGGGUCCAGAGUUGCAUUUGUUGCAGCCAUUCAGGACAAGCUGGAGUCGAUGGCUGGAGAGGUGGCAAGCGUGAUGGACGAGCAACUGCAGACCAUGCUGGUGUCUAUGGUUGAUGCUGCUGAAGGCCUUUGUCCUCAUGUGAUGAAGAGGAGCGGCCUUCGUCAGGAGCUGCUUAAAGCUGCUGCAGGGAGGUUGACCAUCCCUUGCAGCUUCGUCACAAACACUCUUCUGGAGCAGUCCGGUGUGGACAUCAUCAACAAAAUCAGUGAAGUGAAACUCGGCGUGGCGUCCAUUCUGUCUGAUCGGAUUGUUGAUGAGAUCCUGGAGUCUCUGUCAAGAUCCCAACAUACACUGGCCGACCACCUGAUCAGAAAGGACCAUCCAUUGUUGCAUCAGGAACCCCAGUCAGAGACAGAAGUCCUGGAUGAGUCCGCUCUACAUCCAGAGAACUAUAACCAUCAGAAACAGGAUCGAGACAAGAAACAUGGACUGAAUGAUGUGGAGUCAUGCAUGGUGACACCUAAAUCCAAAAGGAAGAGUAUUCUUGUCAGAAUGUUGAGGCCUAUUUCUGUGGCAUUUGAGAUGGAGUUUGACCUGGACAAAGCUCUGGAGGAGGUUCCGAUCCACGUCGAGGAUCCUCCUCUUCCUUCUCCUCCUCCACAAGUAUCAGACAGGAUGUCAUAUUAUGAAGAUCUGCCUCUCCCUCCCACUCCRUCAGAUGGGAAGUCUGUGUGCAUAGGAGAGCUGCCACAGCUGGAGCACAAAACUCUGGAAAGUUGCACCAAAUCCCGACCGAAACCGAAAAAGAGAACAAAACCCAGCAGAGCCCCACGACAAGCCACUGGAAGCUCAGCGCCUCAUGAUGCAGAGCAGAAUAACAUGAUGGAGAAGCUGGAUGAGGGUCUAGAUGACUUCUUCUCCAAGAGAGUUGUCAAACUCAGCUUUAGACUUCCCUCCAUAAGAAGUCCGUCAACACCAGAAGGAUCAGAUAAAAAACGUGAAUCCAGGAAGAGUGGCUUCUUUAACCUCAUUAAAUCCCGAACGUCCCGCUCUGAGAAGAGCCACGGAGCUCCGGCCAUCACACCACCGCAGCCUGCACAUGCUAACACCACCAACACCUCCACCACAAGCCCAGUCACUGAGGAGCCCCCUCCUACCUCUCCCAUACCACCUGUGAAAAGUCCAAUCUCUGUAGUGGAGCCUCAUCAGGAGAUCCGCGGGGCACARCCUGCGAACCACACAGAUUCUGAGAUGGAGGCGCCUCCGACUUCCACUGAACCUGCAGGGGAGGAAAAAGAUACCAAGAAGGUGGAAGAUAUGGAAAACCUGGAGAAGAAGGAAAGUCCUCCAAAGAAGGAGAAUAUAGAGAAGAAGGAGAACCCACACAUGCAUCGCCAUAUUGGUGUUCCUAUGAUGGGAAAGGAUCUGCUGGCUGAGAUGAAGGCCAGACAAGAAAAAACAAGACAAGACAAAAUGGCUGAAAAGAAGUCCGAUUCAUCAUCAGUCCUGGACAAAGUGGACUCAGACAAACCGAAGUCAGAUGUACAUCCUGCGGUUUCCACAGACCCUGAAGACUCUAAACCUGAGCCGAUUCCUAGGGCCAAACCACCAAAUGCCAUCCCCAAACCAGCCCCAGUCCAGACUGCUAAAGCACCACUGGUUGCUCGCACAUUUGGACAACUCAGUCCAACCAGUCCCAGGCCAUGCAGCAUCUCUGUCAUUGAUGAUUCAGUAGACUCUGCCCCUGGCAGUGUAUCUCCCAAAGCACCACUUCCUGCUCCCCGUCUGAAGAGGGCGCCGUCGGAGCAAGACAGAGAGAGCACAAGCAGCAGCUCUGCAGGACUUUUGUCUCCACUGGAGGCUGAGUUUCCUGCAGAUGGCGAUGCUUUCGAGCAGCGCAGCAUCACAGGUGCAGACUCCGGCACCAGCGGCCGACAGUGGUCAUCUCUGAAGAGCUCGUCCAGUCCCCUUGGCAACGAGGAAGAACGCGAACGCACAAAGUCCCUCCCUGGCUACGUGAGGCUUCCAUCUCAGACAGACAUGGAUCUCAGCCCAGCUGGCAGCGAGAUUUCAACUUUGAGCUCUGACCUCAAACCUAAUAACAAAUCUGAGGACGAAUCCGGUGACGACACUCCUUCAAUGUGAUUCCAGCAUCUUUUAAAUCUCAUCCCAGCGUACCUUCAGAACAAAACAAACCUUCUAGGGCACAGGUGUCAAACUCCAGUCCUGGAGGGCUGCUGCCCUGCAACGUUUAGAUGUGUCUCUGCUGCACCACACCUGAGUAGAAUAAUUAGGUCGUUAGCAGGGCUCUGGAGAACUGAUCUACACAAGAAGGAGGUAAUUAAGUCAUUCCAGUGUUUUGUUCCCGUCGCACAUCUAAACACUGCUGGACAGCCGCCCUUGAGGACUGGAGUUUGACACCUCUGUUCUAGAGGAAUCGGUCUGUGUAUGGAAAGAUUUAGUUUAUGUUUCUUUUAAAAGCUUCCUAACAACACAUGGCAAAGGGGAGUUUAAAACAUUUCUACAAUCUCUCACAUUUUCUGWUKUUUUCACAGCCAACAGCUGUAAUAGUACCRUCAAGACCGACGUAUGUUACUAGUGCAAAGAUCUUUUUACAAACAUUGCUUACUAUGGAAAGCUCAUUUAUUCCAACACAUGGGGAAAUACAACAUAUAAAAUAUAUUUUGUACAUACAAAUGGGUGUAUAUUAAAGCAGCGUUGAGCUUUUAUAAUUCUGCUGAAAUUCAUCAUGAAUGGGAGGGAAAUUGAAAGGUUUUUUUUACAAAGUUUUUCUAAAAUGAACAGUUUCUAUUUUUGUCAUUUGAAGUAAACUUUACAAUGCUAACCUGACUACUGUUGCAUCAUUUUACCUUCAAAUUUAGCUGGGUUUAUCAGUUAUUUCAAGAAAGAAAUUUCUCUGAUUACUUCUGUAUCUUUUACUAAGACUUAAUAAAAAGUGUAUCGGUACAUUAAUCGGUUAAUUUCCUAGAUUUUAUAUAUUUUUUUGAGCUUGUAGAAACCAAAACAAUGUCUUUCUUUUGGUUUGGUAUCUUUUUUUUUGUUUUUUUUUUAGCUCAAGAAAAGAGGCUUUUAUUGUCUGGCUGAGAAUAUUAGGGCUUUCUUUGGGGAAUGAAAACAUUUAAAACUGUAUUCUUCAACAAAAAAUGUUUUGUCAUCAUUACCACACCUUUGCUCUCCUGCUGGGAUAAUAUCACAAAUGUUUCCUAUAAACAAAAGUGAGAUGAUUUUUUAAUGUUUUUUUUAUUACCCACACUGCUGCUGUACCUUCACAAUAAAAGUUGUUGUAUACUUACAUCCUAAUGAUGUACUGCUGCACUUAUAUAUGUAUUAUAUGGCUAUGUAAAUAUGUAUUGAUGUUUGUUUAGGGUUUCUGUUUAGUGAAUACAUAUUUUUGUCAUAAGGAAAUUUUAUUGUCUUGUGAAAAAUGAUUGCUAGAACUUGGUGAUGGUCUUCGUUUUACUGGGAAAAUAUGUUAUGCUUCCUUUUUUAAAUGUCAUUUUAAAUUGAUUAUGUAAAUGGUUAUGUUAGCCUGGGAAUGUGACAAAAAACUUAUGUUUAAAUCAAUAAAAUGAGUUAUUGGUCACACUUA